AUGCGGUCAGCCAAGCUGGAGCCCAACGUCAUCAGCUACGCUGGGAUUGGCGCGUGCAAGAAUGGCGUGCAGUGGCAGCUGACUCUGGCGCUGCUCAGCGAGAUGAGGUCAGCGAAGCUGGAGCCCAAUGUCAUCUUCAGCUACAGCGCUGGGAUCAGCGCGUGCGAGAAGAGCAAGCAGUGGCAGCGGGCGCUGGUGCUGCUGAGCGAGAUGUGGGAGGCGAAGCUGGAGCCCGACGUUAUCUCAGCUACAGCGCUGGGAUCAGUGCGUGCGAGAAGGGCGAGCACUGGCAGCUGGCUCUGGCGGUGCUGA